UUGUUCGUUAUCAGUGUGUCAAAUCUUCGCGACAGCACCGUGAUUGAAGUACUAUCGAAUUUUUACACAUUUAAUCCUCAAGAUAGCCAGGACAGUGAAAGAUUGCCAAAGAAAUUCUCUGACAAACUCACAUACAUGUUCAAGGGAACUAAGCCUGGACUGCGGGAUUACAAUAGAAGCAAUUUCCGGCAAUAUUGGAUGCCGGAUUCUACGGGAAAAGAAUGCUAUCAAUGCGAAGAGAGGUUCUCAACAUUCAGGAGAAGGCAUCACUGUCGACUUUGUGGGCAGAUAUUCUGCGCGAAAUGCUGCAACAUUCAUGUUCCUGGCUCCGCUUUAGGAUACAUCGGUGAUCUUCGUCUGUGCCAUUACUGCGCGAAAAUGAUGGCACAGUAUUUACCCGAAGAGGAGUGUGUAGAGACUGAAGAUCCUGAUGGCUGUCCACUGAGUGACGAGCAGCCGAGUCAGAGUAAUAGUUCAUCAGGAAAUUCUGGAAGACCUGUCUCAACCGUGUCAUCCGUUGACUACACUCACACUAUGUUUGAUAAUGGCUUUUCGUUUUACUAUUUGCUUCAAAUCUCCUUAUCGCUGAAGUAA